AUGUUGGAGUGGCUGUCGCUCUUGGUUUCGCCAGUACUUACCUCACCCUAUUUUUAAUUCUUUACCUUAGACCUUGGAGCAGCCUAUGGAACCGCAAAGGCAGGAAUUGGUAUUGCAUCAAUGGGAGUCUUGAAGCCAGACCUUAUCAUGAAAUCUAUUGUGCCUAUAGUCAUGGCAGGUAUUCUCGGUAUUUAUGGUCUUAUUAUUGCUGUCAUCUUGUUGCAAAAGAGUAUGUCGUACCUUUAUAUAAAUACUUUAAUAGUGGAAUCAAAGGACUCAUAUUCAGCUGAUAAGGGAUAUAAACAUUUCGCUGCUGGAUGUUGCUGCGGUUUCUCAGCCUUGGCUGCUGGUUUCGCUAUUGGAGUUGUUGGAGACGCUGGAGUAAGAGCUAAUGCAAUCGAACCAAAAAUGUUCGUCGGAAUGAUUCUAGUGUUGAUUUUCGCAGAGGCCUUAGGAUUGUACGGAUUGAUCGUGGCUAUUAUUUUAUCCCAAUGA